GUCACAUGCGCAGUUUCUGUUGUCCCGUGACGCUUUUGAACAAAUAAUAGAGGGACGAGGCGUGUCAUGGCUGCUCUGUUGUUACAGGGUGGCACAUCUUUCUCAGCAUCCAACUCUCGGGACAGCUCUCAGCUUAGUCCACUGGCCUUCUGCGGUCACACUUUGUCCGAGUGACUUGGGACAUCUCUACCAGAAACACACCGUAGACGCAGCGGGGCUCGGUGGACCGCAAAAACAAGGAGUUUUCAAGCAGGAAGCUGGUGAAACUAUCUCGAGGGAGGUUCCUCGAGGGCAAGUGGACUAAUCUGAAGCUCUUCUUAGCAGCCAUGUCAAAUGAACGCACCCGUCUGGUUACUUCAGGGGCGUGUGGUCUUUCCGUGACCACACUGGCAUGUGGCGAAGCAUGCGACACAGCAUCGGACACCGCACCCGAGUCCGACUCUGGGACACCAAGUAACGAUCCUCGACAACUGAAUACCUUUUUUGGAGUGAUGGUGCCGACCAUCCUCUCCAUGUUCAGCAUUGUGCUGUUCCUGCGAACAGGGUUUGUGGUUGGUCAUGCGGGGUUGUUACAGGGUCUUUUAAUGGUGGUUGUAGCCUACACAAUUAUAUCUCUUACCAUACUGUCCAUCUGUGCUAUUUCCACCAACGGCGCUAUACAAGGCGGUGGAGCCUACUACAUGAUAAGUCGGUCUCUGGGCCCAGAGUUUGGAGGAAGCAUCGGUCUGAUGUUCUUCCUUGCCAAAGUGUUUGCAUGUGGAGAGUAUGUUCUUGGUCUUGUGGAGGCCCUACUUGAUGUAUUUGGUUCAGAUCCUGAGUCGGGAGUUUCUGAGGGGGUGCGGGUGCUUCCCCAGGGUUACUGGUACGCAGUGCUGUACUCCUCAGUGGUCCUUCUGCUGUGCCUGCUUGUGUGUCUGGUGGGCGCCCACAUCUACUCCCGCACCGCCUUUGUCAUUCUGCUGGUGGUCACUGUAUCCUUGCUGUCCAUCUUCAUUAGUUUUGUAGCAGUCAGACCUCGUACAUUUGUCAUCACCCACCAGGGACCUGACAACCACACCCUCCGCUACAAUACCAGCUACACGGGCUUCAACGCUACCACACUGAAGAGCAACCUGGGCUCUGGUUACUCUUUGGACUACAGCACCAACUCGGUCAUGUCUUUUGCCACCGUGUUUGCUGUCAUGUUCACCAGCUGCACUGGGAUCAUGGCCGGAGCCAACAUGUCAGGGGAGCUGAAGACUCCGAGUGUUUCCAUCCCUAAAGGCACCAUUGUAGCCGUCUUGUACACAUUCACAGUAUACGUCCUGCUCUUCAUCUUCGUCGGCGCCACCUGUGACAGGACCCUGUUGAUUCAGGAUUAUGGGUUUUUCCAGAGAAUAAACAUCUGGUCGCCGUUCGUCACUAUCGGGAUAUACUGUGCCUCUCUGUCAGCGGCGAUGUGUGCUUUGAUUGGAGCAUCCCGCAUCCUCCAUGCUCUUGCUCUGGAUAAAGUCUUUGGUCUGCCUUUAGCCCCAGCUGCCAUCACAUCCAGCUCAGGGAAUCCGUGGGUGGCGGUGCUGUACACCUGGGGUCUGGCACAGUGUGUAGUGUUUGCAGGCCAGCUCAAUGCAAUAGCAAGUCUAGUGACAGUUUUCUACUUGCUUGCCUAUGCUGCAGUUGAUCUGGCCUGUCUGGCACUUGAGUGGGCAUCGGCACCAAAUUUCAGACCAACCUUCCAGUUCUUCUCCUGGCACACCUGCCUGCUGGGGAUUCUGAGCUGUUUAGUCAUGAUGUUCGUCAUUAAUCCUGUAUACUCCUCAGGCAGCAUUGUCCUCCUGUUGCUGCUGCUGCUCUUCCUCCACUUCAGAUCACCCACCAGCAGCUGGGGCUAUAUCAGCCAGGCUCUCAUUUUCCAUCAGGUGCGCAAGUAUCUGCUGAUGCUGGAUGUGAGGAAAGACCACGUGAAGUUCUGGAGGCCACAGGUGUUGUUGAUGGUGGCCAACCCUCGCUCUUCCUGUCAGUUAAUCCUGUUUGUGAACCAGCUAAAGAAGGGAGGACUGUAUGUGUUGGGCCAUGUGCAGCUGGGAGAUCUGGACACUCUGCCAUCAGACCCGGUCCAGCAGCAGUAUAACUUCUGGCUGAGCCUAGUUGAUAAACUCGGGGUGAAGGCCUUUGUAGACCUGACAUUGUCUCCCUCAGUCAGACAGGGGACACAGCAUCUGCUCCGCAUCACAGGCCUAGGUGGGAUGAAGCCGAACACACUGAUUUUGGGUUUCUAUGACAGCAGCACUCCAGAUGACUACUUUCUACAAGAUAGUGCAUUCUGUGAUUCAUCAAUAGGACAAAAUAGCCAGGAUGAAUAUAAUUUUGGAGUUGACUUGCCUUCGCUACAUGCCCAUUUCCCCCCUGUCCGACAUGUUGAGAACCCACGCUGGCUAUCGCCAGAGGAAUAUGUUGGGAUAAUUUCUGAUGCCAUUAAAAUGACCAAGAACGUGUGCCUUGGUCGCUAUUUCUUCCAGUUAGAGGGAGAGGGUAAAGACAGUAAGGUCAAUGGAUCAGAGCGGAUGAUUGAUGUGUGGCCUCUCAACCUGCUCCAGCCAGGCAGCCGGGAUUAUGAGGACGUGUGCAGCCUCUUUCUGCUGCAGAUGGCCUGUGUGCUCAACAUGUCUAACAAAUGGCGCCAUGCGAGAAUGAGAGUCUUCCUUAAUGUGGAGACUAAGUCCAGUGACCAGAGCUGGGUGGUCAACGAAGAGACUUUUCGAGAAUUGCUGAGGAAGCUGAGGAUCAGGGCAUCGAUAAAGAUCGUGCCAUGGGACUCUGUUGUACAGCACCACACUAGGUCAGAUGCCUCGCCCUCUGCAGAGGCAAUGCAAGAUCUGUCUGAGGAAUUUUUGUCUGCGGUGAACUCUAUGUUGAUGGAACAUAGCUCACAAGCUGCUGUUCGCUUCCUGUAUUUACCUCGACCUCCUGCUCACCACAGCCACUCACAGCAGUACUUAGCUCAGCUAGAAGCAGUGACCAGUGGUUUAGGACCAACACUCCUGAUUCAUGGUGUAACCCCAGUAACAUACACUGAUCUCUGACCAUGUGCAGUCAGUUUUGUCAUUAAAUAUUGUAAACGCAGCAAGUCUUGUUUAAGUGUACUCUGGUUACAUGUAAAACCAACCAAAACUGUAAUGGAGAUUGGAUGCUAAAACGCUGUAUGUAGCACCAGCUACAAUACUUUGACCUAAUGCAGCAUUUUUUGUCCUUUUACAGAACCUUUAGAAAAGGACCACAGUCAAGUGCAUUUUUUAAAAUAUGCCACUUAUUUUCCCAUUUUCAUAUGCUUUAAUUGUCUUGAUGAUGGAGCCAAGAAGUGGAGGAAUAUUAAGUUAUACUUUAUGUUGGUAUAACCUCUUGUUCAUGAUGUGCUCGAUCCUGUGUUUCCUGUUCUAGGAUCGAUUCUCAGAUUAAAAGAUUGACAUCUAAACUCAGUCACUUGAGGUAGCCUAAAUGUAGAUUUUAUCAUCACCAGGGGACACAGUAGGAAGAUAUUACCUGGAUAGUCUACCUGGUUGAUAGGAUCCUUCCACCCGUCCUAGUCAUACUCAGAUUACUGCUCUGUAAAUGCAUGAGCCAGUGAGAAUCAGAAAAACUUUAUUAAUCUCCGCAGAGAAAUAGCUUUGUAACAGUUGCUCAAGAUUGUGGAAGUUGUAGUCUAUGAUUAUACAAGAAAUACCAUUUGAGUACAGUGAACUCAUUGUCAUGUUCAAGAAACCAGUUUGAGAUAAUUUUAGCUUUGUGACAUAGUGUAUUAUCCUGCUGGAAGUAGCCACCAGGUUAUGGGUACACUGUGGUCAUAAAAGAAUGGACAUGGUCAGCAGCAUACUCAGUUAGGCUGUGGCAUUUAAAUGAUGCUCAGUUGGUACCAAGGGGCCCAAAGUGUGCCAAGAAAAUAUCCUUCACGCUACCACCAGCAGCCUGAACCAUUGAUACAAGGCAGGAUGGAUCCAUGCUUUCAUGUUGUUUACACCAAAUAUUUCCUUUUUUUUUUUUAUUGACCAACUUUGGUGAGCCCUUGCAAAUUGUAGCCUCAUUUGCCUCUUCUUAGCGGACAGGAAUUGCAUUCGGUGUAGUCUUCUGCUGCUGUAGCUCUUCUGCUUCAAGGUUUGACAUGUUGUGUGUUCGGUUGUAACAUGCCAUUAUUUGAAUUACUGUUGCCUUUCUAUCCCAGUAAAUUUUAUGAGAUACUCGGACCCACCUGUCUGGCAUCAACAACCAUGCCACGUUCGAAGUCACUCAAAUCAUCAUUCUUCCCCAUUCUGAUGCUCGGUUUGAACUUAAGCAAGUCUUCCUGACCAUGUCUACAUGCCUUAAUGCACUGGGUUGCUGCCAUGUGAUUAGCUGAUUAGGUACAUGUUAAUGAACAGGUGUACCUAAUAAAGUGGCUGCUGAGUAUAGAAAGGUCUAUAUGUCAUUUCAGGGAUGAGAUUUCAUGUUAAAUGUCGAUGGAAAAAACAUUCCUGUUCAGUAUUGUCAAUUAUUAACAGUUCUUUUAAAACUCUUCUGAAUAUUUGUUGCUUGUUGCAUUUCCACUGGUUGAUGAACUGAUUACGUUUCUGAGCUAAAUUAAGUUCUGGUUUUUGUUUUUUUUUACUCACUUAUGGAAACAUGUUUGCUUUCGCUAUUAAAUGUGUAUUUCCAGUUGUUACAACUGGAACCAUUUUUUGCAUUGCCUCUGAAUGAUAAAUGGCAUUUGUUGCUGUUGUAUGUGCAAACUUAAAAA